CCCCGCCUCCCGCCCAUCACACCCUGCAGAGAAACUAUAAAGUGGCCUGACAAGUCAAGAGGGAGGAUAUUGAACCAUGAGAGAGAACCUUGUAAACAUGGCGUUCACUGACUGUCUGACACCUGCUGACCUGUUCCCAGAGGGGAUGGGGUUAAAGAGGAAAAACUGGAGAAGCAGAAUAAGAUUUCUCCUGAAGACAAACUCUUCACACUCAGUCUUACAUCUCGUGAGAAACAGACGAUACAGGCCGAGUCCCGAUGACGUGAACCAAUGGGCGCAGUCACUCGACAAACUACUCAGUCAUAAAUACGGGAAAAUGAUCUUUUGUAUCUUCCUGAAGUCGGAGUUCUGCGAGGAGAACAUCGAGUUCUGGACGGCCUGUGAAGAAUUCAGCACGCUCACAUCGCACAAAGAGCUGGUGUCCAAGGCCAACGACAUUUACGAGGAGUUCAUUAAAAACGAUGCUCCCAAGGAGAUAAACCUGGAUUACCACACAAAGAACAGCAUCGUCCAAAGCCUGGACGACCCGACGGUGACCAGCUUCCUGGCAGCUCAGAAGAAAGUCUACAGCCUGAUGGAGAACAACUCGUACCCGAGAUUCAUCAACUCCGACCUCUACAAAGAACUGUGUUCCCGGGCGGAGGCCAAGCACAUUAGGCCCUGGUCGAACUGAUCGCCCACUCCUGCAGCCAUUUGUUUACCACUGUGACCGGGAGAUGAGGCCACUGAAGAUGGCCCCGCCUCAGGAUAAUAGACCCGAACGCAAAUCCUGAGCAUAAACAUUAACGGCGAGUGUGGGAAAUGCAAAAAAAAGAAAUCUGAAGCCAUUUCCAGUCCGUCCUGCUGGGAGCGUUCCGCGGUGACGCUCUGUGGCGCUGCAGGCGGUACACAGCAUUUCAACCAGAUGGGAUUAAGGUUACAUUUUUCCUCACUGGGACUUUACCUGCACUUUCCUCGCUGUGCUGUUAAGAGUUUGAUAUUCUGAGCACUGGAGCCGCUCAGGAAAAGGCCGUCGUAGCGUCACUGCAUUAACAGAGCGAGCGAGAGGAGUCGAUGCUGCAGGACGUCCUGUGUGACGCCGACGCCUCGCCGCUCGGGUGGAUUUACACCAGUUUACGCAUUUUACUUUACAUAACAUUCGCAAAUUUUACUGAGGACUGUGUUGACUGAUGUUUCUGACAAUGAUAUUUAUUGUGAAUAUUGUAAUGUUUUGUGAUACUGAAAGUUCAGAGCAGAGGGAGAAAUAAACUUUGUUCUUCGGUGCUGAAA